GCUGAGGAAAGAACGCAUUCACACGCACGCUCACGCACUCGUAUCCGACGCUCGCGCUCUAGAAGAGGAUUUUCUGCUGCGCAACACGUCUAAAGGUCGGGUUCAACACGAUAUUGUCGCUAAAAUGUCGAUGACAGUGAAAGCUUACCUGCUCGGGAAGGACGACUGCAACAAGGAGAUCCGUCGCUUCGCCGUGGAUCAGGAUGUCUCAACAAGUUUUGACUAUUUGAACAGAAAAGUGCUCGAUGUUUUUGUCGGUCUCGGGACUGCGCCCUUUCAAAUGCACUAUAAAGAUGAGGACGGUGACCUGAUCGCCUUCUCCUCUGAUGACGAGCUGAUGAUGGGGCUGGCUCUGGUGAAGGAGGACACCUUCCGGCUCUUCAUCAAGCAAAGAAAGGAGCAUCGACGCGACUCCUCUCCUCACGGCUUCCCUGGGUUCUCCUUCCCCGGGCCUCACGGAGCGGCCCACUUUACCCCCCCUCACCCGGGCCCACCCCCCCACCACCCCCCGCUGGUGCACCCUGGGGUGACCUGUGACGGCUGCGAGGGCCCGGUGCCAGGGACCCGCUUCAAGUGCACGGUGUGCCCGGACUACGACCUGUGCUCGUCCUGCCAGGGCCGGGGCCUCCACAAGGAGCACGCGAUGCUGCCCAUCCCGCACCCCAUGACCAACAUGUUCGAGUGGUUUCCUCGUGGGAAGUUAUGGCGUAAGAUGAGACACUGCAUGUGGGCGAAUAGCCAGGCUCAUGCUAAUGCUAAUGCUAAUGCUCAAGCCCAGGCCCAGCAGAACCCGUCGGGAGACCCGCAGAACCAGGACGCUCCGGCAAACACUGACGGCGCGGCGUCCUCUUCCCAGGCCAACAUGCAGUACCUGAAGAACAUCGGGGAGGAAGUGGCGGCGCUGCUGAGUCCUCUCGGGAUAGAUGUGGACAUCGACGUCGAGCACGAGGGCAAGCGGGCCACGGUGAACACCUCGACCCCGCCGGCCUCCAGCGGCCCGUCCAGCGCUCGCAGCGACAGUGGGUGUGUGGGGCUCCAGUCGCGGGGCUCGGGGCCCGGCAGCCAGAGCACUGAGGAGAGCCUCAGCGAGGGGGCCAAGGGCCAGAAGGAGCCGGGCAGUGACGAGGAGUGGACUCACCUGAGCUCUAAAGAGGUGGACCCGUCCACAGGAGAGCUGCAGUCCCUCAGGGUGGAGCAGGACGGGCCGGGUCAGGCGGCGCCGCUGCUGAACACCAGCUCCAAACCCACAGCGGGACCCACGGGCCUGCGCGAGGCGGCGCUGUACCCACACCUGCCACAAGAUGCGGACCCCCGGCUGGUGGAGUCGCUCUCUCAGAUGUUGUCGAUGGGCUUCUCUGACGAGGGCGGGUGGCUGACCCGACUCCUGCACGCCAAGGGCUUCGACAUCGGCGCCGCUCUCGACACCAUCCAGUACUGCAAGACCUCUCGCAAGUAGAGGAGCAGGACACACACCCCCGCACUCAGUCGUAACAUACGCAAACGUUUGCCGUAAAUGUUAAGGUAACACUUUACAGUAAGGUUUCAGUUGUUAACAUUAGUUUAUGCAUUAACGAACAUGAGAAAAAGUGCAUUAAUGUUAUCAAAUACAACAUUUGAUUUUAAUAUUCGCAUCAAGAAAUACUAGUUCAGUAAUAAUAAGUGCCGAAAUGGACAGUAAGUAAGAUUAAUACAUGUAUUGUUCAUUCUUAGUUCCUGUUAACUAAUGGAACCGUAUUGUAAAGUGUUACCAGGAUAACGAUUACUCAGGUGACCAGCACAUACUUAAGUUCAUUAUUGGCCUUUUUAUGCAAAAUAUAUACAUUUAUAUUCAACGUUUCUGUCAUUAGAACACUUCAUGCUAUUAAUGAUCUUUAUCAUCAUCAUUUAUGCAUAUAUUACUUAAAGGUUGUUGUUAAGUAAAGCUCUAUAUUUGUGUAAUUGCAGUUUAUGGAUGUUUUAUGUGCAUUUCCAUAACCAAUAAGCUGAGUUCUUAGUUAAAGCCGAAACCUGGGUUGUAUUUUAAUUGUUAUGAUUAAUAGUUUGACUUAACGGAUGGAAUCGGUGAAUGUGCUGUCAUUUCUCUUCGCAAUAAAAAAAACUUCUCCAAAA